AUGCUCUUCAUUCAUGUCCCAAUUAAAAACAUAUCCGUGUCUUGUGUGCAGAUUAAGGUCGGCAAGUACAUCAAGCAAUUGCACUGGCUGCUGGUGAUCUGUAAGGAUAAUACGAGGGAGCAACCGGCGCCGGUGGAAGGGAAAAUGCCCUGGAGUGCAUUCGGGGAAGACGUGACGCAACUAAAGACCGACUUCCCCAUGAACACUUUAAAGAAGGGUGUUCUGCGAUACACCUUUGAACCCCUCAUUGUGGGCGAUGGAUAUGCGAGGGGGAGCACACAAACAUUAUGGAUUUACACCUACGAUCAGAACGAUGUCGUACAUCAUCUCCACCAGACGGUCCGCAUGAUUGGCCAAGCAGACUCGGCGGGAGGAAGUAGAUUACCAGUGAGUACACUGUCACGCGUGUCAUCUCGAGUGAGCACUAACAGCACAACAGAGAGUUUGCACAGCACCACCUCAGAGGAUAGCCAGCCACCACCACCGGCAUAUGCGGAGCCAGACGGUCAUGCAGUCUCUAAUGACAGCAUGCAAGACGCUCGCGGAAGAAGCAAAGGUAUUAAGAAAAAAAACAGCACCGCAUCGAAGAUUUUGAAACCGAGAAUGACAGAUGAUGUCGUAAGUACACCCGAUGAAGUUAUCAAGAAGAAAACCCUGGCCACGGUUGAGGUUUACUUGUUGGUAAGUGCCUGAUUUCUGUAUUUUAACCAGUGAUAUCUUCUUGUGUUGGUUAGGGUCAGUCUUAAGGGUUCAAGAAAUAUUGUUCAAAAUCAAGGAUACAAGGGCCAGAGUCCUAAAAUGACUGUGUCUUCGGGUGGGCUUUUAUGGACUAUUUCAGAUUUAUUUUUAGCCUGAUAAGGAAUAACCGUAAAAAUUGGCAAAGAGUGCGAUUAAAAGAAAUGUGAGGCAUAGUACGGUGAUUAUCAAUAUUUUGAAGAUUCCGUAAAACCG